AUGAAAUCAGCAACCUUCCUACUACUACUACUAUUCCUUGCCACUCUCCCAGCGAUCCACGCUAUUCACGGCUUGGGCGCGCUUGGUUGGAUCGCCCGUGGGAUUCGAAUGGGGGUUGGCUACGGUGCCAGAGCAGGAAUGUUGGGCUCCCAAGGCUAUGGCAACAAUUACGGUGGAAAUAGUUAUGGUAACGGAUGGGGUAAUAGUGGCUGGGGAAAUAAUGGCUGGGGCAAUAGCGGCUGGGGUAACAGCGGAUAUGGAAGCAGCAAUUAUGGGAGCUAUUAUUCAAGUGGAAGUUAUCCAGGUGAGUUUACAGAGAGACUGUUUUUUUUUUGACAUUGGUCUCUUUUAGGUUACUACGGCUCAAACUAUUACUAUGGCAAAUAG